AUGGGGGUUGGCGAAAAUAAUAAUAAUAAUUCGAAUAAUAAUGCCAAUGGUUCAAAUAAUACUACAUUAAAUAUUAAUUCGACAACAAGUAAUAAUUUAACAUCAUAUGACGAGGUUGAAAAAGGAUUCAGGGUACAUGAGGAAGAUGAGGCAGUCGAAUUAAACGAAUCAUUAAAUGAAUUUAACAAUGAAAGCAGGGUUGGUGUCAGUCGUGACGAUAGUGACGUUGGCGAGGCUCAGGAAGAAGAUGAUGACAAUAACAAGAAUAUGGAAUUUAAAUUCGAUUUGGAUUUGACAACAAUUAAUGUAAUGGACGAUAUCGAUGACUUUGAAAAGAAAUUAUUGGAAUAUUCAGAAAAAGAACAAGUAGUUCAAGAUUUCAACAAAAAUAACAUAGAUUUAAUUCAAUAUUCAAAACAGGUAGGAGAAUCACUAGAAAAAUGUGACAAAGAAAUGAAUGCACUCUAUCAAGAUAUUUUACCCGAUUAUGUUAAUGAAAGGGAAAACUUUCAUUUAAUGUAUAAAGCAAUCACAGAAAGCAAGUCUUUAUUGGUUGGAUUUGAAACAAUGUUAAAUGGUUUUCAAAAUGAAUUAACAAGUAUUUCAAAAGAAAUGCGUACAUUACAAGAAUUAUCAAUAAAUGAAAAUUUAAAAUGCACAAACAGAAAAAAAGUAGUUGAAAAAUUACAUAAAAUUAUUGACGAGGUUUCAAUUUCAGAUGAUUUAAUAACUUUAUUAACACAGGGUGAAGUUAAUGAUCAAUAUUUACAAUAUCUAUCAAUCUUUAGUAAAAAAAUUGGAUAUAUUCAAACACAAAAAAGCGAAGGUGUAUUUGCCACAGGUGAAGUCGAGGAGGUUAUAUUAAAGUUACUACAGGUUGUAUUGGAUAAAAUAUUCAAAUUUUUCAAUAACCAAUUUAACCAAAUUAAAGAUAUAUCAACAUUACAAACUAAACAACAAGAGAUGACAUUAUAUAGACAAGCAUUCAUAUUUUUAUAUAAACAUACACGUAGGGUUGCUAAACAAUUAUUUGAUCAAUAUAAAGAAAUAGCGGCAGGAAUCUAUUCAAACUACUAUCGUAGCUAUAUCACUUUUUUAGAAAAACUUCAAAUAGAGCCAACUACACGUAACGAUUUAAUUGGGAUGCACGAGAGCAAAACCAAAGGCUUUUUCAAUAGCAAAAGCAACAAAUUAAAGAUUAAAACAAGUAUAUACACUGUUGAAACUCGUUAUCAAAUUUUAAACGAGUUAGAAUAUCCUCCACUCAAACCCCAAUCAAUUGGCUCCGAAUCAUCUGCCUCAUCAACACAGAUCAAAUAUUCUUAUGAAGUAAUCUUUAGAUCACUAUUGUUUUUCAUUAUUGAUUUAGUGUCAUAUGAAAACAUGUUUUUAAAAGAUUAUUUCUUAAGUAACAAAGAUAGCUCAACUUUAUUAUUUAGCAAACCUGAAUCAUUAUUUGUUGAAAAUAUUAAUUGCUAUUUAUCAUCAACAUAUGAUAUUGUUGCAUUAUUAUUAAUUUUAUGUAUUACUAGUAAAUAUAAGAGCAGGACUACUAGAUCGGACUUGACUGAUAGAUUAUUUCAAUUUGUAAUAAAUAGUACAAUUUCAAGAUUAACAAUUUUAUUUGAGGAAAACAUUUCAAGUAUUAGAAGUGCAAAUGUUAAAGAGCUAUUACCAAUCGAGGAGAAUAGACCCCAUUAUAUAGUUAGAAGAUAUAGUGAAUUAGUUGGUUCAUUUGCAAAUAAUAAUGAUAACAACACUACAAAUGGUACGAAUAUAAAUAAUAAUAAUAAUAAUAAUAGUAGUAGUAAUAACAAUAUAAAUAAAUUUAAUUUUAAUAAUAAUAAAACUCAAGAAUCAACAUCACUAUUGUUAAAUAUUAAAGAAUCACAUUCAAUUAUAAAUGAAAAUUUAGCAAUUAUGCGUGUCGAAAUGUUUAAAUUAAUAAACAAGUUAUCAGAAGAGUUGAAAGGAUCUAUACAAAAACAUAUAUUUUUAUUAAACAAUUAUGAUCUAAUUUUAACAAUUCUCAGCGAUAAAUUAGGUCCCAACGAUACAAAUGAAGAUAAGGAAUACUGGACUAUUCUCUACGACAAAGAGGCUGAACAAUACUGCACCGAGCAAUUAGGAUCAUUCCAAUAUAUCAAAAAUAUUAUAAAUACAGUUAAAGAAUUAUAUCCAUUAAUCGAACUUUACACCAUAGAAGAAAUCAACCAUCCAAAACUCAAAAAAGAAAUACUAGAAGAAAUUCUUAAACAGUUUUCACAAAAUUGGAGGGUCGGUAUCGAAGAAAUGAACAUCAUUGUAACCCAACAAUUCCCAAAUUUCAAAAAUGGUAUGAAAAUCUUUCAAAUGAUGCUUGAUAAACUAUUUACAAACUAUAAACAAUUCACCCAAAUCAUUUUAAAAUUUUUUAAAAAUUUAAAAACUUCCCCAUUUUAUUUAGCAGAAACAGAAAUUUCUUAUGAAAUUAAAAAAUACUAUGGUUCAUUUGAUUAAUAAUUUAUUAAUAAAAUAUUAUUUUUACCAAAAAUAACAAAUAAAAAAAAAAAAAAAAAAAAAAAAAAAAAUUUUAAUCAU